AUGUCCCGCUCACGCUCACCCUCCCCUGCACGUUCCAAAGCCGGCUGGUCAACUCCCAGUCUGACAUCUCUAGCCUCUCAAAGCGACACUUCCUCGCCGAAUAGCGGUAUCUCCACACCAAGUUCGGUAGGGUCCAGUGGAAUAUCCUGGGAAACAGCCAGAGCAAAAAGCGACGAAACGGAGAAGUUGGAGAGUGAGGGAUUUUAUUUGGAUAAGGACGAUGUUGGGCGUGGGAAGUAUAAGGGCAGUUCGCGUAGGUUGGGUCGGCAGCCGCUUGGGUUUCUUAGGAAAUUGCUGCGGAGGAGGACGUUACGGGUGUUGACAACGCUGUUGAUUCUGGGAACUAUAGGGCUCUUGUUCUUUUGGACUUCCGUGGCUGACAGCUAUCGGCGGUCACUUCUGGGCGGAGGACCUAAAUUUGUCGUGAUCGUUGGAUCAAAUACUGAGGGUGGAGUGAUGGCGUUGAAGGGUGCACGCGAGUGGUCGAUCGAGCGCAACAGUAUCUGGAACAAACAGCAAUAUGCCAAGCGAUGGGGGUAUGAGUUGGAGGUUGUCAACAUGAUGGCCCAAAAGCGCUAUUCGCACGAAUGGCGAGAGGGCUGGGAAAAGGCUGAUCUUAUUCGCAAUGCUAUGGACAAAUAUCCGGAUGCGGAGUGGUUCUGGUGGCUAGACCUAAACACAUGGAUUAUGGAGUCCUCGUAUUCGUUGCAAGAUCACAUAUUCAGCCGGCUGGAUGCUAUCUCAUACACCGACAUCAGUACCUAUAAUCCAGCUAAUAUCGGCCCUCCCCCAUUCUCAUAUCCGCCAGUCAAGAAACCCGCAGCCGAUUUGAUAUUGUCCCAGGACUGUGGAGGGUUCAACCUCGGGUCCUUCUUUAUUCGACGUUCCGCGUGGGCAGGCCGCUUGCUAGACGUCUGGUGGGAUCCUGUUGUAUACGAGCAAAAACACACAGAAUGGGAGCACAAUGAGCAGGAUGCGUUGGAAUAUCUUUACGAAAAGCACCCAUGGAUCCGUAACGGCGUUGCCUUCCUACCUCAGCGGUUUAUCAAUUCGUUUCCUCCUGGUGCUUGCGGCGAUGGUGAGGACCCCAAAAUCCAUUACCAAGAGGAUGACCAUGAUUUUGUGGUUAAUAUGGCAGGAUGUCAGUUUGAUCGUGAUUGCUUGAGCGAGAUGAAACGAUUCAGUGGCCAAGGAACUCAACCUCCAAGUUCAGAAGCGCUGUAUGAAUAG